AUGAACAUCCUUCAGCGUGCCAAAAUCCCCAAGCCCAUGGAUGAAGCAGGUGCCUCCUGGCCCGCCAUCGCCAUGGGCUUCUUCGUCGCCUUUGGCGGUGUCCUCUACGGAUACGACACCGGCACCAUCAGCGGCAUCAUGGCCAUGCCCUACUGGAAAGACCUCUUCAGCACCGGCUUCCGCAACUCCAACGGUGACCUCGACAUCACCACCUCCCAGGAAUCCUCCAUCGUCUCCAUCCUGUCCGCGGGUACAUUCUUCGGCGCCCUCGCCUCCCCCCUGCUGGCCGACUUCUUCGGCCGCCGUCCCGCCCUCAUGGUCUCCACCUGGGUCUUCAACCUCGGCGUCGUCCUGCAGACGAUUGCCACUGCCAUCCCCAUGUUCCUCGCUGGCCGCUUCUUUGCUGGUUUCGGUGUCGGUUUGAUUUCUGCCCUGAUCCCCCUCUAUCAGUCAGAAACAGCCCCCAAAUGGAUCCGCGGCGCCAUCGUCGGCGCCUACCAGCUCGCCAUCACCAUCGGCCUCCUCCUCGCCGCCGUCGUCAACAACGCCACGGCCAACCGCCCCGACUCGGGCUCCUACCGCAUCCCCAUCGCCGUCCAGUUCGCCUGGUCCCUCGUGCUCUUCAUCGGCAUGAUCUUCCUGCCCGAGACGCCGCGCUUCCUCGUCCGCUCCGGCAAGCUGGAAAAGGCCUCCGCGGCGCUCUCCCGCAUGCGGCGCCUGGACAAGGCCCACCCGGCCGUCGUCGCGGAGCUCGGCGAGAUCAAGGCCAACCUCGACUACGAGAGCGGCGUCAGCAAGGCCACCUACUGGGACUGCUUCAAGCCCCCGAUCCUGAAGCGCCAGUUCACCGGCAUGGCCCUGCAGGCCCUGCAGCAGCUGACGGGCAUCAACUUCAUCUUCUACUACGGCACGCGCUACUUCCAGAACUCGGGCGUCUCCAGCGGCUUCACCAUUGCCAUGAUCACCUCCGCCAUCAACGUCGUCUCCACCAUCCCCGGCCUCCUGGCCAUUGACAAAUGGGGCCGUCGCCCUCUGCUCCUCGCCGGCGCCAUCGGCAUGUGUGUCUCCCAGCUCAUCGUCGCCGUCUGCGGCACCCUUUCCACCGGCCAGAGCGAAAACGGCGACAUCUUUGUCAUAAAUGCCGCCGGCCAGCAAGCCGCCGUGGCCUUUGUCUGCAUCUUCAUCUUCUUCUUCGCCAGCACUUGGGGUCCUCUCGCAUGGGUCGUCACCGGCGAAAUCUUCCCGCUCACCACUCGUGCCAAGUCUCUCAGCAUGUCCACCGCCACCAACUGGCUCCUCAACUGGGCCAUCGCCUACUCCACCCCCUAUCUGGUCAACUAUGGCGAGGGCUUCGCCAACCUCCAGUCCAAGAUCUUCUUUGUCUGGUUUGGCGCUUGCUUCAUCUGCAUUGCUCACGUCUGGUUCUUCAUCUACGAAACCAAGGGUCUCAGUCUGGAACAGGUCGACCAGCUCUACACCGAAGUGUCUAGUGCCCGCAAGUCUACCAAGUGGGUUCCUACCGAGACUUGGGAAGAGCACCGUCAACGCGAGCCUUCGGUAGUUGGUCAAGUCGGCGAUGCGUUUGGAGUAAUCUACAAUCACGGCUGUUGGUAUUGCUAA